CUGUGUACGGUAUAAUUUGCGAUUCCCACGUUCUCCGGGAUCCGACGCAAACGUAUCGGACAAGAAAAUUUCUCCCAGCGAAAGAAUCGAUCGCAGAGAACAAACACUUCUCUCCCAGCCCCAUCAAGAGAACUUCCGUGUCUUUCAGAGGCUCCAGCACGCAGUUUUUCUGAUCUUCCAUCUCGUAUCGCAGGGGCGGUAGAUCGAUUGGUGCCAGACAGAAAUUUCAAGCUCGAAAUCAAAGAAUAGGCUCCGGUUCAUCAUUUCUUCACCUCCUCAGUCGGAUCGUGUGAUCCGUUUUUGAGAUUACUCAUCAAAACACCGUUUUUCUUUGCCAGCGAUGGGAACUGUUAUUGAUUCUGCAAACAAGGGAGCAAAUGGAAGCAGCACAGCUAAUAAAAAGGUUAAGGUUGUGUUUGUCCUGGGUGGCCCUGGAAGCGGUAAAGGUACACAGUGUGCAAAGAUUGUUGAACAUUUUGGGUACACCCAUCUAAGCGCUGGAGAUCUUCUUCGAGCAGAGAUCAAGUCUGGUUCAGAAAAUGGCACAAUGAUUCAGAACAUGAUCAAAGAAGGAAAAAUUGUACCUUCUGAAGUAACUAUUGCUCUCCUCCAGAGAGCUAUGCAUGAAAUUGAGAACGACAAGUUUCUCAUUGACGGGUUCCCUCGUAAUGAAGAAAAUCGAGAAGCUUUUGAGCGUGUCACUGGAAUUCUGCCAGAAUUUGUCCUCUUCUUUGACUGUUCUGAAGAAGAGAUGGAGAGCCGCUUAUUAAGCCGGAAUCAGGGUAGGGAAGAUGACAAUAUAGAAACAAUAAGAAAGCGAUUCAAUGUUUACAUGGAGUCUAGUCUCCCUGUUAUUGAGUAUUACAGGUCUAAGGGGAAGGUUCAAAGGAUUGAUGCUGCCAAGCCAGUUGAUGAAGUUUUUCAAGCGGUUAAAGCUGUUUUUACUUCAUCAGAUGCAAAGGUUUCUGUUUGAGGAUUGGAUUUGUGUACCAAUUCAGCAUGGCAUUGCAUGACAAAUUGGGGUUUGUUUUUCAUCUCUUAUGCUUGCAGAUAAAGUUUAUACACACACAUAAGAUAGUAAUAAUGUUGAUAAUUUCAUUCUUCUGAAGUUUUUAAUACGUAUAUUAGAACCAUGUUGAAGUCUGAAAGAGGUUCUUACUUACCUCUUUGUUAUUUUAGUUUUUGUUAUAUUGGCAAAUUCUGAGAAAUAAGAUGUUUUAUCACCACUAUAAAUCUGCAAUGCAUUAUUUGUGUCAAGUAUAUA